AUGCUAUUCUCUAAAUCAGUUCCCUCCACUCAGAGUGCCACUUCGAUGAGGAAACGCAAAAACACUUCACCAUCUGGUGGCCGGUCAAAGGGUCGCCGCAUUCGCGAUGCUCGUCAUACGGCCGAGUUCUAUCAGAGUGGCGCUGCAGGCAACACAUCUAUUUCCGCGACUCACCAAAACCUUUCCAAGCUAUUCGACAAGUACAGAGAUCAACCAAAGGAUCAACCAGACCGUAUAGGUAUCGAAGGAGCUCAGAAAUAUCUGAAUGAUCUGAGAGUCGGCCUUGAGGAACUGGUUCAUCUUGCACUAUGCGAGCUUCUGCAACCAAUAUCGGUCGGUGAAUUUACUAGGGAGAAGUUUAUCUCCGGAUGGAAGUCUGCAGAUAAGGCUGGCACUAACCAAUCCUACGACAACAUCAAAGCACAAGGCGAAUAUGUCAAAACCUUGCGAAAGCAACUACAGACCGAUCGCAGCUACCUCAAGCAGGUUUAUCGUUACACCUUCAACCUUGCGCGACCCGAAGGCCAGAAGAAUGUUCCAGUGGAUGCUGCACUCGACUUCUGGAAAAUGUUCUUCGACGCCGACAAAGGUGGUAUUGAGUGGAACAGUGACUGGACGCCGUGGCUAGACUGGUGGCUGGAGUACUACGAGGCAAAAUACAAGAGACCGGCAAAUAAAGAUCUAUGGAACAUGGUGGGCGAGCUUGUUAACAAGACUGCAGAGCCAGGUGGUGAGAACAUGGAUUGGUGGAGCGAGGAUGGUGCUUGGCCUAUGGCUGUGGAUGAGUUUGUGGCAUUUGUAAAAGAGAAGAGGGGUGAUGUGGUGAUGGACACUUCAUAG